CGCCGCUUCCUUCAGUCCCAGCGCCUUACUCCUGCUGUCCUUUCCUACUGCGAUCAUGGCCAAACCGGCGGUCGCCGUCGUCUUUGCGGUGGCGUGCGUCCUUCCGGCCCUCGCGAUCGCCGCGCGCGACGUUGGCGUCGUCAAGCGGGGGUUCGUUGUCCAGGGCCGCGUCUUCUGUGAUACGUGCCGUGCGGGGUUCGAGACGCCGGUAUCGACCUACAUCCAAGGUGCUACGGUAAGGGUUGAGUGUCGAUCAGAAUUCACUGGUGCAAAGACGUGCAGUUUCGAGGGCACGACCGAUCACACGGGUACCUACAACAUCCUAGUUGAAGGCGAGCAUGAUGACCAUGAAAUCUGCGAGUCUCUGCUCGUUAGUAGCCCAGAAAGUGGAUGCAAGACUGCACUCCAGGGUCGCGAGAGGGCUCCUGUGUUCCUCAGCCACAACAACGGUAUUGCUUCGGACACCAGAUUUGCUAACUCGCUUGGCUUCCUGAAGGACACUUCAUUGCCAGUCUGCACUGAGCUGCUCAAAUCCUAUGAGCAAUAUGAAGAUUAAGCAAGAAUACAAGCUUACUAGUUUGUUUUAUGUGUUCCUCUAUUUGGCUCUGUGACAAUCGGUGAAUGUCUUCCCUGCUUGUGGCUAAAUAUCUUUAACAAGUCUCUGUUCAGUAUGCUUUUGCUA